CAGGCAGCGCUAUGAGAGACAGAGAGAAAAAACAGCACUUAUCUGUAAAGAAAGGCUCAAAAGUUCACUCCUUUUGCACAAAAUCCUUCUUACGACUCACUCAGGUCAUAUGUCUAACCGUGGUUCUUUGUCUGUGACGCGGAGUGUCUAAAAGGGUUCGUUGAGUCUCUGCCGAGCGUGACAUCCCACAGAACUUCCCACGUCUGCCAAGUGCUUCACUCUGGAAGAACUUCCACAAGUGGGAUUCACCAGUUUCAGAGAGAGAGCCUACUCUGCUAGUCAUUGUUUCCUGUCACUCUUACGGUUGUCUCCGAGCUUGACCCCGGGAUGACAUGGAAAAAAGUCCUGCUGAUCUCUGAACACAAGGCCGGGCAGUGAGCUAAAUCAGGGGUGUAGACGGGUGGGAUACGGGCCAUGUCACGGGUUCCCACACCCCCUCCCCCAGGGGAAAUGACAUCGGGACCUGUGGCAGAGAGCUGGUGUUAUACGCAGGUAAAAGUGGUGAAGUUUUCUUACAUGUGGACCGUAAACAACUUCAGCUUUUGUCGGGAGGAGAUGGGCGAAGUCAUAAGGAGCUCGACCUUCUCUUCUGGCCCCAAUGACAAGAUGAAAUGGUGUUUGAGAGUGAACCCAAAGGGUCUGGAUGACGAGAGUAAAGAUUAUCUCUCUCUCUACUUACUGCUUGUCAGUUGCCCAAAAAGCGAAGUGAGAGCAAAGUUCAAGUUUUCCUUACUGAACGCCAAACGAGAGGAAACUAAAGCCAUGGAAAGCCAAAGAGCGUACCGCUUCGUCCAGGGGAAGGACUGGGGCUUCAAGAAGUUCAUCAGGCGAGAUUUUUUACUAGAUGAAGCAAAUGGACUUCUUCCAGAUGACAAGCUCACUUUGUUUUGUGAGGUGAGCGUGGUCCAGGACUCGGUAAACAUCUCUGGCCAGUCUAACACAAACAUGCUGAAGGUUCCGGAGUGUCAGCUCUCAGAUGAUCUGGGUAACCUGUGGGAAGGCUCCAGGUUCACCGACUGCAGCUUGUUCGCGGGAGGACAGGAGUUUAAAGCGCAUAAAUCCAUACUGGCAGCGAGGUCGCCGGUUUUUAAUGCCAUGUUUGAACACAAAAUGGAGGAGAGUAAAAAGAACCGUGUUGACAUCAGUGAUGUGGAACCAGACGUGUUUAGGGAAAUGAUGGUAUUUAUUUACACUGGUAAAGCUCCUCACCUGGAGCAAAUGGCCGACAACCUGUUAGCUGCUGCAGACAAGUACGCUCUGGACAGAUUAAAGGUAUUAUGUGAAGAGGCUCUCUGUAACAGUUUGUCUGUAGAGAACGUGGCCGACAUCCUCAUUCUGGCCGACUUGCACAGCGCAGAGCAGCUUAAAACACAAGCCAUAGACUUCAUUAAUAGAUGCAGCGUUCUCCGACAGUUGGGCUGUAAAGAUGGAAAGAACUGGAAUAGCAAUCAUGCAGCAGAUAUAAUGGAGACGGCCGGCUGGAAGGCGAUGAUUCAGUCCCAUCCUCACUUAGUGGCCGAGGCGUUCCGUGCUCUCGCAUCGGCUCAGUGCCCCCCGUUUGGUCCGCCUAGGAAACGACUGAAACAGUCCUGACCUUUGCCCUCACAGACUGCAUAGGACACCACACGUGAGGAGGCGACUUCCUCCCCUCCCUUUUGGCUCUUCACUCGUCCGUCGCCCUCACCAGAGACACAAUGGAGGAACCACAGUAUUCUCGGCUAGCUCCGGAGGAAGAAGAAAUGGACUGCAGUGGACGCGCUCAUGCCUCGCCCAACGAGUCAUUUAAAAAAUGGCCUUGCAGGAUGUGCCCCGUGUGUCUGCUGCAACUGAUCCCAGACCUGUCUGGAUUGCACUAGCCCCACAUAAUGCAGUAGUUUUAACAUGGUGGUGUUUAGGACCUUCUGUGAUACGUGUGCUCAAGGGGGGGAGGGUUGCACCGGUCAAAGUAUACACUUGUUAAACGUAUAACCACGCACAAGCAUCGAGCGCAAACAUGUCUCCACUGACACUUUUUAAAGUGAUGAUUUUGCCCAUAUUGCCGGCAGAACGUCUCAUCAUCAUCAUUAAAAUCGGCGUAAGUAUUAAUUGAGGUCGUGCUGUAGAAUACUUGGUGCGUUGUGAUGCGAUUCACAUUGAGUGUUACACAAAAACGGCUAAAGAUGUCGAUAUUUUGCACCAACUUAAAACUAUUCGGUACAAAUGAAAAAUAGUUUACAGAAUUUAUUUUCCC